UGAUGACUUGACUCGAUAUAUUUUCGGAAGUGUUACGUCCAACGAACAGUUUAGCUUGUCCGAAACGAAUUUCUGUUUUCUGAAUACAUUUCUGUCACAAAAGUAAAUUAAAUAUCCGUUCUAAUGGAGAGAAAAUGUUCGGCGACGCAGUUAUAUCACAUCUUUAAUUGAAAUGGAAUUCGAUUCGAAAUUGAAAGUUGAUCGCUCGUGGACAUAAAAAUUAUGGUAAACCUAAAAAAAUUCGGUUUUUUAAGAGGAGCGUUCAAGUAAAAAGAUUCGAAUAAAAUUUUCCUCCAAUUGGAAACGUCUUCAUCAAUCGCUGAUGUGUUCUCCGGCAGCCUUCUAAAUAUAUAUAAAUUUGAAUCGUACCUCCAAACACACAAACAUCGUACGCAAUCGGAACGUCAACUAGUACAACACAUUACUGACAUCGGCGCACAGCUGCCAUUUUGCAUAUGUUACGUUGACAGAUCAGACAAUUGAUAUUAUUUCCGAAUAAUGGACGUGACAGCAGUAAUAAUAAAGUUAUUGAAAUAGACAAAAACAAAAGCAAAACAAUUCCCAUUGACAAGAUGGGUGAAAGAGGUGGCACAACGAGGAAACGGGGUCAUCAAUACCAUCCACAACAAAUGGGUCAACGUCGAUCGAAUAUACCAUCCUCGGAAGUGAUAUCUGCAUUACAUGGUGAACAGUUUUCCCAUUCGAUUCAAGUGACUAGCCAUUCAACAUUGCCUGAAACGUCAACUGAUAAUGACGAGACCAGUCCAAAUUACUUAGUUAAUGUACCGCUCAACGAAACCAAUGUCGAUAAUAGAAUAGAUGGAAGUGCUCAGCAAUUAGACGAAAGUGCCUCAUUUAACUAUAAGCCAGAAACAAUAUUCGAUGACGACGUUUCCGCCAAACCGUCCAAACUAAGCAAAUUAUCAACACGCACAAAGUCAUCGAAAUCAUCGGAUCGUCGCCGGGCAAACGUUCUGCAGAAUGUUCAGAAUAUUCCCAAAGACGACCGACAGCCGACGGAUGGCAUUGCGGAUGACAAAUUCGAAAUCGAAAAUGAUCCGGAGGCAGCUGAAUGGUCGAAGCUGCGGUGCACCAGCGAACGAACCGAAGACGUUGCGGAACGAGAACACCGGCGUCAACGGCGUUGUGCUGAUUAUCCGGGUCUGGCAUUCGGACGAUCCAUUUUCAGUUCGGAUACGAUGAUGAAGUUUAACAUCAUCCGUAAUGAGCUGCACAAUAUCAUGAAAACGCAAUUGAAGCGGGCUGAAUCUGAAGUAGCCGCCCUUAACCGUCGUAUUCAACUUUUGGAAGAAGAUCUUGAACGUUCGGAAGAGCGUUUAGGCUCUGCCACAGCUAAGCUUUCCGAAGCUUCGCAAGCAGCUGAUGAAAGUGAACGUGCCCGCAAAGUACUUGAGAAUCGUUCACUUGCCGAUGAAGAGCGUAUGGAUGCUCUUGAAAACCAGUUGAAGGAAGCCCGUUUCCUUGCUGAGGAAGCUGACAAGAAAUACGAUGAGGUUGCCCGUAAAUUGGCUAUGGUUGAAGCUGAUUUAGAAAGAGCAGAAGAACGUGCCGAACUCGGUGAAAACAAAAUCGUGGAACUUGAAGAAGAACUCCGUGUUGUUGGUAACAACUUAAAAUCCCUCGAAGUGUCCGAAGAAAAGGCCAAUCAACGUGAAGAGGAAUAUAAGAACCAAAUCAAAACUCUUACCACCCGUCUCAAGGAGGCUGAAGCUCGUGCUGAAUUUGCCGAACGUUCCGUUCAAAAACUCCAGAAGGAAGUCGACAGACUCGAAGACGAAUUCAUUAAAGAACGCGAACGAUACGCCGAAAUCGGCGAUGAUCUCGACUUUGCAUUUGUCGAACUCAUUCCCGGCGUGACUCCAUGCUACAAUGACAGACAUCCAAAACCACCAACACCAAAAUUACCAACACCACCAGCACUGCCGACACCGCCACCAGAAGUGGCAACUGUUGCUGGCGGUGAAGUCGGUGCGGCUCCUGGCGUUGCUGCUGACGGAUCUGCUAUUAUAGUGGACGGUGUUGCGACAGGCGAAUCAGGAGCCGCAACUGCUGUUGUUCCGGAACCAGAAGUGCCGAAAGGUCCACCACCACCACCGCCACCAUUCGAUUACUUCUUGGAUCUGCCGGCUGAGGGUGCUGAAGUUCCGUUUGUUAAGAAUUAUGUUCCACCGCCAGAGCCGACUGCCAUUCGCGAAGAUGGACAACCAACAUGCAAUUUCAUAUCGAGCUUUGCCAGUCAUCACGUUGGUGUUGCGUCGGAUUGUCCAGCACCAGUAACUGAAGCAUCUGCAGUACCAGCAGCAGCAACGACGGAAGCACCAUCCGUAGAAGGUGCUCCAGCAGCGACAGAAGGAGCACCAGCUGAAGGUGCUGCACCAACAACAGAAGCAGCACCAGUGGAAGCCGCUCCAGUGACAUCGGAAGCAGCACCAGCCGAAGCAGCUCCAGCAGCAACCUCUUAAUCUGUUGCAUUAUACAAAAAAAAAGUUUCAUUUUCAUUCGCAUGUGCUAAGUACUAAGAAUCUGCUAAUGUCUUCUUAAGCUUAAACUAAAACAUUUUGAACAUAUUUCUUGAGAGCUAUACUCAAAAACGCAGUGAUUUGAAGUUUUGGCCAGUUCUAAUUUAGUUUUGAUUUUUCUAAAAAAAAAAUGGUUUUCAAUCUGCCUAUGAAUAGGUAAAGGAAAAUCCGUAUUUUCGAUUUCGUUUGCGGAAUGCUGCAGAGCUAAGCUAAAUAUGCAAAAUUUUAUUAAUUUUCCGCUUCAAGUAAAAUUGUUUUUAUUUUUAAUUCAAAAUUUCUUUCCACAACAACAACAACAAAUACCACUAUACAGACGAACUCGUCAGCGAGAAAGAGAAAUACAAGGAUAUUGGAGACGAUCUUGAUACCGCUUUCGUUGAACUUAUUCUCAAGGAUUAAGAAAAAGUUGAGAUCUUACCGCAACCAUGUUGAGAUAUCCUUUGAAAGUCCAUCUGGUAUAAUGAAAUUUAUGAUUUGGUUCGUUUCAUGUAUAAAAUGUUACAGAAAUUGAAUAUUUUAUUAUUUUGC